AUGCGGUGGGAGGCCAUGGUGUCACCUGAAGCUCUUCUGACGCUUCCUGAAAGCUGGUCGCAUUCGAGCACCACGCUGCUGCUUCGCUCGCUCGCUGUGGCGGCGCUGCGCGCCUCGCCCUCGACACGUAUGGGCAGCAGCGCCGCCCCAGCCAUCGCCGUCUCCAUUUCCUCGGCGUUUGACGCGGGCAACAUCGAUGUCACGUCUGCCGACGCCUCUUCUGUGAGACUAAAGGUCCGCCCCGACCCGCCCACUGAGCUGGAGAAGAAGUGCCACUCGCAAUGGUUUUACUUCCGAGCCUCGGCCGGCCAGCCCGGCGUCGUCAGCUAUGAGAUCAGCAACGCCGGCGCCACAAGCUACCCCGAAGGGUGGAAGGCGCUGAAGGUCUGCGCCUCGGCAGACCGCAAAGUCUGGACCCGAGUCGACACGACGAACUACGCAGCCGACGCAGGGGCGCUCCGCUGGACGUACGAUCACGGCGGCGCCAAUCCCUGCUCCGUCUACUUUGCCUACUUCGACCCGUACGACUAUGAGCGCCACCUCGACCUCAUCGCUCGCUGCGCAGCGGCGCCGGGCUCGCGGGUGCGAUCGCUUGGCCAGACACUGGACGGGCGCGAGUUGGACUGCGUCGAGGUUGGCGACGGGCCGAAGCACGUCUGGGUCAUCCACCGCCAGCACCCGGGCGA